ACGUUCCUGUUAGCUAGUGAGAGCUAGCAGGAAGGAAGAAUGAAAGGAGAAAUUUGAUUCGAAACAAAGUUGAAAACAAUCGAAUCAGAAUGACACGCUUAGCUCAUACAUACGUGGAAGAAUCAAAGCCGGUGUUUAAGGUAGACGUGUCAUUAAUUGGAAGGUCCAACAACCUCGCAGGUCAUACGCAGCAUAAUAUAAGCACGCACGUUGCCGAAGAAAAUACCACUACUCCUCCUAAGUCUUUGAAGUCAUAAAGACAAAAGAAAAGACUUAGUCAUAGCAGCAAACAAGGAAAGGCACGUACACGACCACCGUUUACCUGUUUUUUGAACGUUGAAAUUAAUUGACCUGCGCCUGCGCGUGUCACUGUUUGAGAGCACACAAACAAUGUCCUCCCAAUCUGACGCCGUUGGCUGUAACUUGAAGGAGACGGAGCUCACCUUAGGCCUUCCCGGCACCAAAACUAAUGGCACAAAACGUGGCUUCUCCGACACCCUUAACACUUCUCAAAAUAAAAUGUUGCGCCCCACCUCCAAGGAACAAGUGGUGGGGUGGCCGCCGGUGAGGGCAAGCAGGAAAAAUGCUAUGAAGAUGAGUUGCAAGUUGGUGAAGGUGGCGGUGGAUGGAGCUCCUUAUCUAAGAAAAGUGGAUCUUGAAAUGUACGAGACUUAUGAGCAUUUGAUGAGGGAAUUAGAGACCAUGUUUUGUGGCUUAGCCAUUCGUAAUCAUUUGAUGAAUGAGAGGAAACUGAUGGAGUCUGGAAAUGGGAUUGAAUACAUGCCCACCUAUGAGGACAAAGAUGGUGACUGGAUGUUGGUCGGGGAUGUACCCUGGAAGAUGUUUGUUGAAUCAUGCAAGAGGAUAAGACUUAUGAUUAGCUCAGAGGCCGUUGGUUUAGGUCCGAGGUCUACUUCUUCAAAAUGUACGGGUUCCACCUAGCUAGCUAGAAGAAUAAUUAAUUAGUGCGUAAUAAUGAUAAGCUGAUAGCUGAUAAUUAAGCAUUCCUUGGACACCUUCAACGUUUACAAGCUCCGGUUAGAAGAAGAGUGAAUUUGGUACAGGGAAAUAUCCAUGCAUGGUGCUUGAUGUACAUGUCCCUUUAGCACCUCUGGUUAAUUAGUUACUUUUGUUUUGACUUUAAAUGAAGAACUAGAACAAAGACUGGUCUCUAUAUUAGCUAGUGAUCUAAAAAACAAAUAAGGGGAGGCUGGCAUGUAAUCAAUAUUAGGAUCAUCGUUAUAUCAUGAGUAUGCAUGUAAUGUAUGACUUGGCUUUGUGCUAGCUAGUUAUUCUACCCCCAGUUUUCUAGUUGUUA